UCCAUCUUUUCACUUCUUAUUAGCUCGAAAAAAGUCCCCUCGAAACUCCCAAUUAAUUUAGAAGAAUGGGUAUUGUGAAUUACGAGUUUGAGACUACCUCUCCAAUCUCCCCAGCCAGGCUUUUCAAAGCCGUCACUUUUGAAGCCGACAAGCUUUUCCCCAAGGCAGCCCCUCAUGUAGUCAAGAGCGUUGAACUCCAGGGUAACGGUGGCCCUGGCACCCUCGUCAAGAUCAACUUUGCAGAAGGCCUUCCAUAUCAGUACGUGAAGCACCAUGUUGAUGCAGUUGAUGAAGCCAAUUUGUCCUACAGUUACAGUGUGAUCGGAGGUGGGCCUUUGGGAGCCAAGCUUGAGAAAAUAUCUUUCGACAACAAGUUGGUUGCAGCUGCAGGUGAAGGGACCCUUGUGAAGAGCUCAAUGAAGUUUUUCACUAUCGGUGAUUCCGCUUUCACUGAGGAUGAAAUUAAGGAACAAAUUCAAAGAAUGGAUGGAGUUUACAAGGCUGUUGAAGCUUACCUCUUGGCUAACCCCGCUGUCUGCAACUAAGACCCUCAUGUUUCCUUU